AAUAAUGUUACCCCAAUUAAUUAAUAAUAAAAACAAAACAAAAGAAUUCUUGUGCAAAAAACAUUAAUUAGAUAAGAGCUAAUUUAGAUUAACGCUGAGGAAUUGAAAAAUUCCCACAAGUUAGACAUAAAAGCAAUCACUGUAACAACAACAAUACAAGUUCCAACUAUAAAAAUCGUCCAAUUUUUGCCAGAUUUAUUCAACGAAAAACGCCACAUCCUCAACAUGAGAGGUAUUGAGGGUAAAGUCGUUAUUUUAGGAUCUAGGGGUGUUGGUAAAACAUGCCUUGUAACCAAAUACAUUAAGAACACUCUACACAAAGAUGUUGGUCCAACAAUAGCUGCUUCGUUUUUCACUUGUAAGGUCAUCUUGGAUGAUGUUAAAGUAAAAUUACAAAUUUGGGAUACUGCUGGCCAGGAACGUUUCAAAGCCGUUGCGCCCAUGUAUUAUCGCAACGCCAAUGCUGCCAUAUUAGUUUUCGAUUUAUCACAAUAUCGAACAUUUAGCGAAAUUAAAUCGUGGAUACAGGAGCUACAUCGCAAUGUACAGGAACCCUUAAUACUAACACUAGUUGGUAAUAAAUUAGAUUUACAUGCAAUUCGUGCCGUGUCACGAGAAGAGGCUUGCCUAUUUGCUAACUCUAUGGGAGCAACAUAUUUCGAGACAUCUGCCGAGACGGAUCAAGGCCUGGAACAGGUGUUUGUCAGUACUGCCUUAGGUUUGGUGCGUUUGGCGAAAGAAGGCAAAUGUCGUUCUCUAAGACAAUUUGAUUCGUGUGACUCGAUCUCGACCUAUACCAAUAAUAAUACAGCGUUCAAUCAUACCGCUCAAGCGAUUUGUAGUCGUCAUUUGCAUGAAAAUGGUUCCGUAAUACAUUUGCCCUCAGUGCCGUUGGGUAUACCGGUAGAGGGGGAUGAUGUUAAAGCCACAGCAGAGGGACGUUUAGAGACACCAUCCUGGAGUAUAGAGCAUAUAGCAUUGGGUGAAGUGGAACCCGUCAAUUGGUGUUGUUAAAUUCUAAUUGAAAUUCUAAAUAAAACCCACAAAUAAGAAUUAUAUGCAUAUUCAAAUGCAGUCAGUAAAACAAAAGUAGUUGAAAGAAAACAAUUGUGAUUUUUUUUUAUUAAGAAAACAAACAACCCAACCAACAAAAACAAAGCAAUUUAUGAAUGCAAACCACAAGAAUCUUUAAUCAAAUACACAGAUAUUAUUUAUAAUUUAUAAAUAGCUACAUACUUAUUUAUGUAUGUAUUUAAUUCAUUAUUUUUCUUUAUGAUAUAACAAUGUAUGUAUGAAUAUGUAGCAAUAGAUUUAAGUAUAUAAAAUAAAAAAAAACAGAAUUUUAAAAUUCUUUUUUACAAUAAUCUAAAUUUAUAUUGUAAAAUGCUUUUGACCAAAAAUGCCCAUCGAAUUUCUUUUCGUUUUUUUUUUAUUUCAAAAAACACUUUUUUAUAUAAAUCAAAUUACUUUUAUUUUUAUUAUUAUGUAUUAAUUUUAAUUCUUUUCUACUAACCACAACUGGUACUGAUGUGUUUUUAAUUAAUUAUUAUGGUAUUUUUUUCUUUUUUUUAAAGCAAUUAAUAUUCAUUCAUAUUUAAAUUUAUAAGUUUUCCUUCAUUUUUCUACACUCAUUCGUUUUGAGUUUAUGAUUUAAUCUUUUUAUUUAUAACUUAAAAAUAACAUGUGUACAAAUAGUAAAACAUAUUCAUUUGUUAUAAUGAACGACAUGUUUAUUCAUGCUCAUUAUUCUCAUUUAAAACCAUUUACAUACGUAAAUAUUUUAUUAUUAUUAUUAUUUUUUUACUAAAUUUGUACAUACAUAUGUAUGUAUGAGGAAAUAUUUAUAUUCAACUUUAGGAUUUAUUUGAUUUUAAGCUUCCUUUUAACGAGAGCAAACAAACAAACAAAAAUCAAAUAAUUUAUAUUCAUAUUUAAUAAUACAUACUAUUACAUUUAAUGUUUACUUUAUAAUAAAUAAAAAAAGCAGAAUUUA